AUGAGGCAACGAGUUGCAGCUGCAUCCCAGGACGGAGACUUGUCUUCCUCGUCCUCCACCUUUCCAACCACACGGCAGCGUUCGUUCGAGACACAUCGUCGUCCACGUCGCUCUCAUCCACCUCGCAACGAUCACGAACCGACGCUUCUCGGAUCGGUGGCCAAGCUUGUGCGGUUAGUAGUUCUAGCGUUAAUACUCGCAUUGGUGGUGCCAUAUGCAAAAACCUACUUGUUCGGCAACACUUGGUCGACCGAAGUGGUAGCCAAGAAUGCGACGCUUCAUCUCGAUUCGAGUAAGCACCCGUAUCAUCAUGCGGAACAGCAGCAGAAUCAAGCGAAGCGUGCCAAUGCGAACGACGAGGUAGAUGUGUUUAACUUCAAACAUCAGGAUUAUCUUUCGACAGCACGACGAGAUGCCAAGGCCAAGCUGAGCAAUCCUGUAGUGGCAACAGCGUCUCCUGCCGCAGCGAUCGCCAAACCCAACACAAACCCUAAGCAGCAACAACAGCAACAGCAACAGAAGCAAAGACAGGCCACCACACGAAUCCCCAAAUCGCGCGCUCGACGCAACACUGCCAAUCGCAAUCACAACAACGAUGACGACGGCAGCAGCGACGAUGAUCAUGAUGAUGAUGAUGACGACAACCAAAAUGACAAGUAUUAUCACAAUCAAGACGCGGCGGCCAGCAACACUAUCAUUCAUUUCGUCUCGGUGAUCUUGUCAUUGCUCUCCACCGCGGUACUGUUCACACUUGGAUUCGCCACAGUGCCUUUGAUGCAGUUUUUGCACAUUUGUGUGUAUCUGGCAAGCUCGAUCUACCACUACUUGCGGCUCUCGCUCUCACAUAUGCUUCGACCGAUCGUACACGUGCUGGCGCCUUUGACCUACCUGAUGUCCGGAAUCAUGUAUAUGUUUGUCCAGACGCCGUACCGCUUGAUCAGCACAGUGGCACGCGAGCUGUAUCCCGUAUACAUCUUCCUCGGCGCUGCCAGCGUGGUCGGCAUAAGCAUGGGUCUCGCUGCUGCGGCGAUCCUGUACGUGAGCGCGUUUCUCUUUGUGGAUCGAGUCGAACAAGCUCAGCAUGCACAAAUCCGACGAAUCCCAACAACAAAGUCCAGGUCAAUGGCAGAGCAUAAACACCCAACUUCACCCGAUCAAAUCGACCCAAAUCACUACGCUGCUCACCAGACCUACUCGACACUAACCCGAACCCCUGGCUUCCGCACCUCCCUCCACACUUCGCACCCCGAAUCUCACUCGCCCUCUAGGCCUUAUCGCAACACCUCCAGAGCCGACACGACCACACCCGCAGUGGCUCGAUCCGCUUUCACUGCCCCCAACCACACACUCCGCACCGGUGCUACUUAG